UCACACGUUCUUCCUCAGGCUGUGUAGCAAGCCGUUUUUUAGGGGUUUCCUCUUUGAUAAACAACAAAAGCUCAAUCUACCAUUAUACUUUUCACUACACCAUAGAAGCAGCCAUGGCUGAACUACAAAACUUGAAGCACAAGCAACAACAAAAGGCUCAUCAUGCAAAGAAAAAAAGGAAUGGGAUUAGUAGCAAGUGUGCUUCUUUGGUUAAGGAGCAACGAGCUCGUCUCUACAUCGUUCGCCGAUGUGCCACCAUGCUUCUUUGUUGGUACAUUCAAGGAGAUGACUAGCAAGUAGCAACACAUUCUCUCCCAUAAACCAAUCCUUCGAUUUCGCCUUCUUUUAGUCUUCUUUGUAUUCGUAUAGCAUAUAAAUAACAACCAGAGAAGACUACUAGCAACACUCUCUGACACAUUCUCUUUGACCCUUUCUCUUCGUAUAUCCUAAAGAUCACUCUUCUCAAUCUAUCUACCUAAAAGAUGAAACCUUGAAGCUAUUUGCUGCUGGCUCAUGUUGACUUAUAUGAACUCUUUCCAUCAUGUUUUUUUCUUCACUUUUUGACCUAUUUGGAUAAACUCAAUAGGUUUUUCAUGUGGAAAAGAGAGUUUUCUGGUUUUUCUACAACAUGGGCUUGGCAUGAUCAAUAUAUAUGAUGAAGCUGGCAAGGAACUACUUCAAAGGAACUUUUUUCAGCUGAUAUGAUGCUAGAAUAAUUGUAAUUUUGGAAUGUUAGUCCUUCACAUAGGACACUACUAUUUUGCUUCAUAACUUUUGGUAUAACCUUACCCUUUUUGUA